AUGACGUUUAAGACAGUAGAGGACGCGGAGAGGUUCUAUUAUGCAUAUUCCUUGGCACUUGGCUUUGGAUUUAGGAAGGAUACCAAAGGAGAGGCUGAAGGUACGAUCCGGAGGAGACAAUGGCUUUGCAACAAGCAAGGGACUCGAGCUAAAAAGUGGUUCGUACUGGACGGAAGGGGUCGUACUCCUCGGAAAAUUACAAGGGUAAAUUGCAAGGCUAAGUUCAGGGUCAAUUACAACGAGCUUGUAGGAGCUUAUGUGGUGAAAGCCUUUGUUCUAGAGCAUUCUCACGAGUUAGCAACAGGAAACCAGAUUGCCUUCAUUCGUUCGCAUCGAAAUGUCGGCAAAUCAGACUUGGCCCGUGCAAAUACAAUGUCUAAAGUGUCAAUCAGACCUUGCCAUGCGUAUGAGUACAUGGUGGAGCAGGCGGGGGGAUAUAAGACAGUGGGAUUUACUGAGAAGGACCUAUACAACAAGCUUGACCAACAACGGCGCACCACUUCCUUUGAGAGUGACACCGAAGGCGCACUUGCCUACAUGAACGCUCUGGCAGCACAAGACCCAUACUUCUACUGCAGGUUCAAUGUAGAUAUAGAAGACAGGUUAGCAAACAUGUUUUGGCGAGAUGGGUAUGCAUUUGUUGAUUUUAUGUGUUACGGGGAUGUGCUGAUCUUUGAUAGCACAUACAAAACCAAUGUUUACAAAAAGCCAUUGGUUUUGUUUGUUGGGUCAAACAAUCAUCGGGGAAGUAUUUUGUUUGGUGCUGCUCUUCUUGUCGAUGAAACGGUGGAGACAUACACUUGGCUGUUGCGUUCGUUUUUGGAUGCAAUGAAUGGGAAGAUGCCAAUAGCUGUACUCACAGAUGGAGAUGAGGCCAUGCGUAGUGCAAUUGAAGACGUGAUGCCACAAGCAAAGCACCGUCUUUGUGCUUGGCACCUUUCCAGAAAUGCCAACACUAAUUUGAAGUGCGACGAAAAGUUGAAAGCUUUUAACAGGUGCAUGAGAAAAUUCCAAACUGUGGAGCAGUUUGAAGUAAUGUGGCACGACAUGGUGGAGAAAUUCGAUCUCCACAACAGUUUCUGGAUCAACAUGAUGUAUGAGACAAGUGGGCUCAAGCAUUUUUCAGGAACCAUUUUAUGGCUGGCAUGA